AUGAUGAACGCUGCUACUUGUCUUUUAAAGGAGAGCCCCAUGUCCAAUAUUUAUGUGCGAGGAGAAAAUACUCGCAAUACUUUUAUUGCCCAUUUCCACUAUGCUUUGCUUCAAAAUAGCAUCCACACCUACAUAGAUGAGGACGAGCUUAGAAGAGGUGAUGAAAUCUCACCUGCACUUCUCCAAGCCAUUGAAAAUUCCCGACUUUCAAUUAUCGUGCUCUCAGAAAACUAUGCAUCAUCUACUUGGUACUUGGAUGAAUUGCUCAACAUUCUCAAUUGCAAGGAAACAAAGCAACAAAUAGUUUUACCUAUAUUUUACCAUGUAAAUCCAUCGGAUAUACGAAAUCAAAGAGGAAGUUUUGGAGAAGCUUUGGCUAUAUGUGUAGGAAACUUCAACGAAGAUGUGAAGAAGGUGCAAAGGUGGAAGGUAGCCCUACAAGAAGUGGCCAAUUUGGCUGGAUACGAGUUGGAAAAUGGGAAACUUUAA